GCCCGAAUCUUAACAUCUCGUUCUGGUUUUCUGUACCUUGACCAUCAAUUAUACGUCCAGCGUAUCGCUGUGAUCGUGCCGACCCGGGAGCUGUCUCACCUCUGAGCGGAAGGCCCACCAAAACGUCUCACCGGUCUCUCCAAGAUCUCCCUAAGGAUACACUCUCCGACGCGUUUAGCUCAAGCAUCGGCAGCUAGCUUAAGGAAGGUUGCCCUAAACUCAGAGAUAAUAAGCAUCAUCGAAUCCCGACGCGUCUGUUGAUCACAGGGAACAUGACACAUACAUACAACCUCCGCGCUCAGCAGUCGCAUCGUCAUUCCUCUCCUCAACCAACUACACAGACCGCGACAACUCGUAGAGCGAAAACCGCCCAAAAAGAGCUUGCCCCUUCGAAUCCUCAGAAGAAGGUCACUGCUCAAGGCCACCCCCGUCGGCCUACGCGACAAAGCAAACGAAGUCGACCUGCAGAAUCCAGUGAAGAGCGCGCUCGAAAGCGAUGCCGGCCGAAUGUCGAACCAUCAGUCUUGGCCUCUGGUUCGCAUACGAGAUUGCCGAAAGAGACAUUCGACCUUCCUCCCCCUCCUACCCGACACGCGAAACGAGACCGACCGGCGGAACCCAGCGAAGGGCGCGUUCGGAAACGACGUCGGCCGAAUGCCGAGUCUGCAAAUUUGGACGUCAGUUCUCAGACGAAAUUACCGGAACAGAGGAGUAGCUUCAAACGAUCCGCGGCGAAGCUAAACCACCUACGAAGAGAUGCGACGGAUGUUUGGAGGAUAGUGGUUCAGACGGAGGAGCUUAUAGCGCGUGCCAGCACUAGCGCCAGGUGUUUGCUUUCGGACGUUAUGCAUCUGGACGCUCGGUGCGAAGAAUCUCCAGUGCAGCGUGGUGCACAUGAGGCCAGAUCCGUACAAAUCGAGUCCUCGACGGAGAAGGUUGAUACCGUGUCCUCGAUGGACGAACAGCAGCCCGAUGACGCACGAAAGGUCGCUGAGGGAGAACUCAAGACCCUCAUCGCAUCUUUCAAGUCUGUCCGGUCCAAGAUCAGUGGCAAUACCGCGAAGGCCUUCUCGAGCGAUGACCUGCGCACCUUAUCCACGCUCUGCGACGACUGGGGCGAGGAGAAUCCGGCUUGGCACGAUUGCCGAUGCAGCGCGAAGCAGCGCAACCGUACCACCGCAGAGUCGUUUCCAAAACCCAGGCCUCGAGUGGGCGUGGACCAACAGGGUCUUCCCUUCCAUGACUGGAGCGCUUGCCCGCACGAAACAUGGCCACCGCGGAGGAUGGGGAAGGAACGAAUCGUUAUGGGCGAGGUUGGCAUUCUAUUCAAUCGUACCGUUGUCACGGACGCGCUUGUCCUUCCAGCACCGCUCCGUCCCCGACGACCACGAGCGUUUGACGAACAGUACCGACCCCAAUUCCACGACAUAACAAGGCCGAUCUAUCGCAUACUUGAACGCUGGCACCGUGUCUAUGGACGAUGUUUGCAAUGCAUCCUUCGGGCAAUCCGGUCGUUCCCCACGUGGAUGAUCGAGGUGGACGAUACGGAUGGUUUCGUGGAUGGGAACCCCGUCUUUAUCAACCUUCUGAACGACGAACUCGCGGAGUGGGAUGAGACGAGCAGGCGAUGGAGAAUUCUUGUGCAGGAUCAUUAUUCCUGGAUACCUGUCCAGGAGUUAGAGACGAAGCCAAGCGAUAGCGCCGCGGAUCCCAAGGUCGUCAAUGGGACGGCCACCACCCAGGUUCCCUACAACCACUGGUCUUGGGCCUGA